CACACACAAUGGUGGAAGCGGGCAUGAACGAGAUGGGCGGCGGGACGGUGCUGGAGGUGGAGGACAUCGCCAGGGCCGCCGUGUACCUGGCGUCCGACGAGGCCAAGUACGUCAACGGGCACAACCUCGUCGUCGACGGCGGGUGCACGGUGUGGAAGGGGGCCAACAAGCCGGCACCGGCGCAGUUGCUUGAUUCGGAUAUCCACAUGGAAUUCUUGGCGAGAUGUCAGUACCCUCAAUCCAUAGCAAAACGCAACGUGUAUUGUGUGGAACACAAGAAGUCACUAUACUGCUUAAAACAGGAUGUAGUACGACGGACUUGGUGGGGUUCCUUCUGCCAAAGGCUUACUCCAACAACCAUGAUUGCCAUGUGUUUUCAUUCAAGAUUUUGCAUGAUCUCAAUACAUGUUGAUCAUGUUUAUGUCACUGGCAACACACAAGAUAGUUGACGAAGUACGCAAUCAACUAAAGAUGGAAUUUGAAAUAAGAAUUUGGGCAAAACCAAAAAUUUCCUUGGGCCUUUAACUCGAACACCUUAACCCCGGUGUGAUGGUACUCCAAUCCACGAAAUAUUGGAUAAAUUCAAUAUGCCAGGUCGUAUCCAUCUAAAACUGCAAUGAUUGUCUGAUCUCUAGAUGUAUAGAAAGAUCCAUUCAGGACAUGGGAAGAUGAAGAAGAGGUGUUGGGACCCGAGGUUCCAUACCUGAGAACUUGCCCAAAGAUGAGAGCCGAGUGUCUCAAUCCUGAUAUCAGAGCUCAACUGGAUCACUGGGUCAAAUUUUUCAUACAUGUUAUGGCACCAACCAAAUGGUAUAAGGUACAAAAGGGUGGACAAUUCAGGCUCUCGGCUAAGCUCUAUCAAUAUUAGCGAUUUACACGGGUAAUGGUUAACUG